AUGGGCACAAAAUUCAUCCCUCUGGAGCACACCAGAAUCCCAGGCUUCCCCGACGCACCUCUCCAUCUAGACAGAGCGCCCCUCCAAAUCAUCGAUGACGAAAACUUCAGCGAGAAAACGGAUACCAGUAAUCUAGCCACCGCGACUGGUAUUGCAACUGUAUUGUUUCGCUGGUGUCCAGAAGCGCUGUACGCCUUCCUCGACACCGACGCCUGGUUCUCCUUCACCUGGACCCUCACAAUAACCGGCUCCCAAAAGAUUGAAAUCGGACGCGUGGAAAAUCAAAUCACCAUUGGCUCUCUCGACGAGUCGGGGGAUAAAUGGAAGUUGAUGUUGACAUUUUCCAUUGCAUCUGAAGGCGCAGAUCGAGGACGUUGGAUCCCUGAUACCAAGGAGAGUAUGCUAGGUGACACUGAUCUCACCGACGCCCUUCAAAUCGAGAAAUUGGGAAAGAGCUUUGUGAGAGAUUUGUGUUUGAAGCAGAGAUGGUUUACGGGCAAGAAUAUGAAACAUGAGCUUUUUGUCGAGUAUGCGCCUAUGGAUAUUUGGGGUGAUGGGAUCGCGAUGAAUCCGCAUUGGCUGUAUGCGCCGCUAGAUCUAUCUUGCUGCUCAACUUGCGACGACGAUUCGAAGCCGCUGCAGAGAUGUGGCAGGUGUGGUACUGCUGCGUACUGCAGUGGGUUGCAUCAAAAGCUGGACUGGCCAAUCCACAAGGCUAUUUGCAACUUGGGAUUAGAGGAGAGGGGACAAAUGUUGAAGAUUACGGCAGAUGGGGGACUGAUCGGGUGGGACUUGACGAAGACGGUGGGAGAUUAUGAGGGUGAGAUGUCGAAGAACCCCAACUUUGUUACGCCGCAGAAGAAGAGGGAGUUUUAUGCCGAGUAG